AUGACGAAGAGCUCAAUUUCCAGUCAGGUAUCUGCGGAAGAAGUGCGGGAUGAUGAACACGACGCAAUCAUCGAACCGGAUGCAAGGGAAAGAGAUAGACUCGAGGAAGAAUGGGAGGACAGUCUGCGAUUGAAAGUCGAUUUGCGACUCUGCAGCAUCGCAGGCAUACUCUGCAGUCUCAACCUACUGGACUCUGGUGUCAUUUCCUCGGCCUCGGUUACCUCGAUGCUCAGCGACUUGGAGCUCAAUGUCGGCAACAGAUACUCAGUCUCGAUCUUCAUCUUCACGAUCGCUAGCAUUGCUUUCCAACUGCCGUCGACGAUUGCAGUCAGGACGUUUGGUCCGCGAAUUUGGUUCGCCUUCAUCACUUUUUGCUUCGGCAUUAUUACGAUGUGCACGGCUUUUGUGCAGACGUGGCGCCAGAUGAUUGCGAUGAGGAUAUUACUGGGCAUCGCAAUGUCGGGGAUUUACCCUGGUUUGACGGUGCUUCUUAGCGCAUGGUAUACGAGGAAAGAGCAACAACUGCGCUUUGCGUAUAUGCAGAGUGGAGAGGUUAUUGUUCUUGCCACGGGAGGCAUCGUCAACUUCGGACUGAACCAGUUGAACGGGAAAGGGGGUUUGAAGGGUUGGCAAUGGAUGUUUAUCGUACAAGGGUCUAUCACUGCUUUCAUCGGCAUCGUCACGUACUGGUGGAUGGUCGACUUUCCUGAAAAGUCGGACCAGAGCUUCCACUUCCUCAGCAAAUACGAAAGCAAGAUCGCUUCGGAUCGUAUCCAGAACGACAGAGGCGACGUCAAGCCUGACCCCUUCGCCUGGUCCAAGGUCUUCGUGCACGCCAAAGACCCAAAGAUUUACGGUUUCUGCGUGCUCUACUUCCUCCAGAACCUCGUGUCUACCAGCUUGUCCUACUUCCUGCCCAUCAUCCUGCAAGGCGGUAUGGGUUUCAGCACGAACAAGUCUAUCCUGCUCUCCGCGCCUCCAUACUACUAUGCUGUGAUCCCGGCUAUUCUGUCUUCUCUCGUUGGCGACAAGUACCAGCUCCGUGGCCCCAUCAUAGCAUUCAACUGCAUCACGCUGAUCAUUGGCUUUUGCAUGCUCGGCUUCACCGACCAGGUCACUGUUCGCUACAUCGGCACGUAUCUAGCUACGGGCGCAUACGUCGCCAACUGGGCCGCCAUGGCGACGUAUCAAGCGAACAAUAUUGUUGGACAGUGGAAGAGGGUGUUUAGCGCUGCAGCGGUGACGGCAUUCAAUGGGGCAGGUGGCAUCGCAGGCAGUUUUAUCGUGAGGCAGCAGGAGAGCCCGAGAUAUAUGACGGCGAUUUGGGUGCGCCGCACCUCCCGCCGACACAAUGGUUCUUUUCUCGGCAUAUACCGUGCCAUCUACGACUACGUGCCCCAGAGCGACAAUGAGAUCGCGCUGACUGAGGGCGACGUGCUGAUGGUGCUGGAGAAGUCGUCGGAUGACGACUGGUGGAAGGCAAAGAAGAAGGGCCGGGAGGAGGAUGAGGAAGAGCCCGAGGGCUUGAUCCCAAACAAUUACAUUGAGGAGCUCGCUCCCGUCUCGCAGGCCAAAGCUCUCUACGACUACGACCGCCAGACCGACGAAGAGCUCUCGUUCAAGGAAGAUGCCGUGCUCGACGUCUACGACAUCACAGACCCGGAUUGGACCCUGGUGGGAGAGGGCGCCAGCUAUGGAUUUGCUCCGGCAAACUAUAUCGAGCUCACAAAGGGUGUCGCGGCUCCCGCGGCUGCGGAAGCUGCGUCGCCUGCGCUGCCCUCCCGACCCUCGAUACCAGCCGCUCCCGAUUCGGAUGACGACCAGCCGCCGACUCCAGACAGCCCGCCACGCGUGAGCCCCGCCGCUGCUCUUGCGGGCAUCAUCCAGAAGAAAUCCGAGCAAACCGCAGUACCCCGAUCAACCAUUUCCCCCCCACCCAACGUGACUGCUCCGGCUCGACAACGACGCGUACAAUUUACGCCUGAAGAAUCCGACGAAGACGCACCCGCGCCACGACUGCCUCAGCGCCCGCCCUCUGAGCAAAUAUCCCCGCCUCCAACCCAAUAUGCGCAUGCACGUUCUCCAUCGCCCGAGCGCCGAUCGCCUCCUCCCCGACAACAAUUCGUCAACUUCAACGACCAUGACGAUGAGCAGCCUGCUACGCCCACGUCGGGUGGUGGAUACCACUUGUACAACAUCUACGAAUACAUCACGCAACCUGGCAAGAACAAGAAGAUGCCAAUGACACUGGGCAUCAACGUUCCCAAGGGUCUCGUCAUGAUUGCGCCAGAAAAGUCGCGCGACGGGCCACAACAGGAAUGGACUGCCGAGAAGAUGGAAUACUACUCGCAGGAGGGAAAGCACAUCUUCAUGGAGCUGAAGCAGCCCAGCAAGAGCGUCGACUUCCACUGUGGAGCCAAGGACACGGCGUCUGAAAUUAUGCUGGCUCUUGGCGAGCUUGCGGGAAUGGCCAAGGGCGCGGGACUUCGUGAAGUGCUCGCGGCUGGCUCCGGAAACUCGAACGUGCAAAAGAAGGGCGUCAUGCUGUUUGACUUCAUGGCGCAGGGCGACGACGAAGUCACCGUUGGUCUCGGCGACGAGAUUGUCGUUCUCGACGAUUCAGCCAGUGACGAGUGGUGGAAAGUCCGGCGAUUGAAGAACGGCAAGGAGGGUGUAGUUCCCGCUAAUUACGUUGAGAUUACAGCAACCGUGCCCAUUUCCGCACCCGCCGCCCAAAUCGCUCGCACGGGAACCAACGCCGGUCGAUCGAGAGUCGAACAGAACAGGCGGGAGGAAGAGGAACUCGCUCGUCAGGCCUCGAGGCGAAGCCGGCCAGAAAGCGAGGCAAGGAAUGAUCAGAGAUCGAGUAAGCGCGAGACCUCCGCACCAGACAAGACUUCUUCGUCCAAGUCGUCGUCGAAACCGAACCCCGCGAGAGUCCGAACAUGGACCGACCGAUCCGGCUCUUUCAAGGUCGAAGCGGAGUUCAUUCUUAUGAAGGGUGGAAAGAUUCAUCUACACAAGGUGAAUGGCGUCAAGAUUGCUGUACCAGUGACCAAGAUGUCAGUGGAAGACCUCGAGUAUGUCGAGCGAGCAACUGGAGAAUCACUAGACGACGACAAGCCAUUAUCUGACCUUAAGAGGCGGAGCUUACAGCGUGCUAGAGAGACGGGCCAGGCUCCUCGAUCACCCUUAGGAAUCUCCGUCGACAAGAAGCCAGACUACGAUUGGUUCGACUUCUUCCUCAAGUGUGGCGUUAACCCUCAAAUUUGUGAACGAUACGCGCAGGCAUUUCAUAAGGAUCAGAUGGGCGAGGAGAAUUUGCCUGAUAUUACCCCUGCCCUUUUGCGCACCUUGGGUCUCAAAGAAGGCGAUAUCCUACGCGUCACAAAACACCUAGAGACCAAGUUCGGUAGCAAGACAGCUGAAGAUGGCGGCGAAGAGGGAGGCCCUGGUGGCUUGUUCUCUGGACCGGGUGGCGCGCUCAGGAAUAACACUCGCAAGGGUCGACCUGCACCACCUGUGCAGACAAGUGACACUAUCGAUGCCAAGGCUUUCGAGCAGAAGAGCGAUGGAACGGCCAAGAAACCUACAGAUGGUACUUCAACGCCCUUGGCUUCUGCCCCCAAGCCUGACAAGCAGGUGGAAGGCUUUGAAGACAAUGCUUGGGAUGUUAAGCCUUCAAGAUCUGCUUCUGCCUCUGCUCCAGCACCAGCAACGUCCCCAACUCCAGCUCAACAAGCCGCUGCGCCUGCGCCGAAGUUGACUGGUUCCAUGAACGACCUCUCUCUUCUCGACAUGCCUGCUCUCAAGCCAGAGCUCAUUGCACAGCCAACGCCUCCUGCGCCGGCUCCACAGCCCGCUCAGGCUCCUCCCCAACAAGCACCUGCACCGGUGCAGGCUCAGCCAACAGGUGCUACACCAUCGUUGUUCGAUCAGGUCGCUGCCAUCAAGGCAUUGACACAACCUCACAAUCUUGCUCCUCCACGUAUGCGACCACAAGCUCCUCAACAGCAGGGCGCUGGUGGCAUGAUUGCGCCACCACCCCAGCGAUCUUCCUCGGCUCCUCAGAACCCACAUCAGCAGAGUGCAUUUGGUCCUCCAGCGCCUCUGCAGCCCCAGCUCACAGGCUACAACCCCAACAUGCAAGCUCAAGGGCCACAAGGAAUGCAGCCGCAGAUGACCGGCAUGCCUCAACAGAAUGGGUUCGGAUAUCAGCAAAACGGAUACAACUCCAUGUCGCCGCCCCCGCAGAUGCCCCAACAGACUGGCUUCCCAGGCGGCUUCCAACAGCCAAUGCAAACUGGUUUCCAACAACCCAUGCAGACCGGCUUCCAGCAACCGAUGCAGACAGGAUUCCAGCCCAGUUUCCAGCAAAAUGGCAGCCCCUUUGCAGACCCGGCACGACCACCGUUCCAGCCCAUGCAAUCGCAGCCAACGGGCUACAACAGCUUCCAGCCAUCGCCUCUUAACCCGCAAGCUACGGGUAUCAACCGCUUCCUCCCGCCUGCUAUACAGGCCCAACCCACAGGUUUCGGACAGACCCCACCACCUAUGCCUCCCAUGCCACCCAUGCCAUCCAUGCCCACCGCGCAACCAUUGGUGCCGCAGAAGACGGGCCCCGCACCGCCGAUCAGAUUCGGUGUACAGGCGGCGAAGAAGCUGACGCCACAGCCAACGGGUAAGGCGAGUUUGGCGAAUGCCACUCCUCAGAAUCCCUUUGGCUUCUAG